GGGGUGGGUAAGGGGAGGUGGCGGUUGUUGUUUAGAAGAGGAGGAGGAGGAGGGGGCGGCAUAAGUGUCCUGGGAAGGGUUAAAGGUGAGAGGUCAGGAUUCCAGCUGCUGGACCCCCAAGGGGGCUGGGAGGGGACGGGUCUCCGGUGCUUAAGCGAGGAGAAGGGGGGGGAAAGGAAUAAGAGAAUGACAGAUAUGGCAGAUAAUCAUAAAGAAAAUUGGGUAGCCCUGGUGGCUGCAGCAGAACAGUACCGGCGUCAAACAGGCAACGAAAUUGUUUUGCUCACAGCCUUCCGGGCACCACCCCCUGGCAACUACAGCUAUGUGCAGCAUGGGAGUGGGGCUCUAGCAGAUGCUGUUCAGCGCUACCUCGAAGAUAUUGCAGUGGUUCAUAAAACCACUGCUUUCACCUAUAUUGCCCGCCCUCCCUCAAACCCUCAUCCACCUCCCCCACAAGGAUCCUAUUCCCAAAAUUACCUUCCUACUUAUGCUCCAGAUGAACCUGCCCCACACAGGACGCCUGCCUCCCAGGGAGGCCUGCCUCAGGCUUCGGGAGGCCAAGAAAACGAACAUGAAGAUGAAGAUGACGAAGGUGACAGAAACACAUUGACCGAACUGGAACAACCGGGUGGGAGAAACCUUCCUAGUGACGCUACUGGUCUGUUUGUGAUGGAUGAAGAUUCUCCAAGCCAAGAUUAUGAGCCUUUUUUUGAUUCUGAUGUGGAAAGCACUGACGAUGGAAGUCUAAGUGAGGAGGCUCCAGGACAGACAGCUCCUCCACCCCCAAGCCAUCAGUAUGCCAAAUCCCUCCCUGUCUCCGUGCCCAUCUGGGGCUUUAAAGAACAACGCCAAGAGAUGCGAUCCUCCGAUGAAGAGAACAGUAAGCAUUCGUCUCCCGACCUGGAGAAGAUUGCCGCCAGCAUGAAAGCUCUGGUGCUGCGGGUUUCAGACGGCACAGAGAUGUUUGGAGACCUGCCUCGGCCACGCCUGAAUACGAGUGACUUCCAGAAGCUGCAUCGGAAAUAUUAAUAGAUCUGGCCAUUGGUCCUACCGCCUCGGCGCCGUUUUUCUCCACUACCAAAAAUCGGUAGACAGGGUUCAGAGCCCCUCUCAAGCCAUACUGUUCAAAUUCUGUCCUCCAGCCUUUGCUCCCACAAGCUUUAAUUUAAAAUGAGUAACCUCAGUUUCACACUACAGAUGGGCUGGAGGGGUUAAUUACCUCUCUCUCUCUGUCUCUCUCUUUUUUUUUUCCAAAGGGAAGCCUCCUCUUCUUUGAUUUGACUACUGAGAUCAGUGUUUCUCAACCGUGGCAACUUGUAAGGUGUGCAGACUUCAACUCCCAGAAUCCCCCAGCCAGCUGCGGUUGUAGGAGUUGAAGUCCGCACACCUUGAAGUUGCCAUGGUUGAGAAACACUUCCUCAGCUGUAACAGCCCUUCUGAGAGGGGCUUCUUGUCAAGGGACACCUUGACAAAAACACACCCACGUGCACACACACACACAGGAAGACUAGAGACACCCUGACAAAAGAAGUUCUACCACCAUGCCCUGCCUCUGCCGCGCCAACCCACUCCGAUUGAUCUUUCUUCAACAAGCUGUUGGAAAUUCUCCGCCUCCAUGUUUUCAUCCCCAAUUAAGUGUCUUAAAGGAAGAUCCUUUGCACACAAAGUGGGCUUGUUUAUACUUUGGUUUAAAUUAACUUUCCCUUGGAGGAACAGUAAAUGGAAGGAGGGUUCUAUGCCAUUUUGCUGUUCUUCGUUUGUUUUUUUCCUCCCAGAUGUAAAUCUCCCCCUAUUUCCAGGAGUAGAAUUUCAGGGUCCUUUUUACUUUCGGAGAGUUGGUGCAAACGUGCCCUUCCACCCUGUGGCAGGUGGGAUGCGAAAGUGGGUCUAGGGGCCAUGUACAGCCUCGGACUGAUCCCACACCACCCCAGCCUACUUUUGUAUCAGAUUUUCAAGAGCUGUUUCUGGCUCAAACCCUCUAUUUUUGUCCAAAGACGAUUGGUGAAUUGGAAGAGAGAGGAUAUUUUGUGGUCCUUCCUGCCAGCCUAUAAGCCAAUAAAAAUAAUAAAAGUUGUCUUUUACAAGCUC